CGUUUUGUUUUGUUGAUAACUAACACAAGAAAAUAAUCGAAAAGAUUGCAAUAAACAAAAAACAUAAAUAGUUAAUAAAUCAAUUUAACAAGAUUAUUGAUCAAAUGUCGAUUAUGCGAAUUAAAGGCAUAAUAGAGUCGCAAAAGGGCGAAGAUCUUACAAAGCUCAGGAUGGUUGUAUCAAAGUUGGAUGACCACUUAAAAGAUACAAAUGAAAAACUUGCAAAUUUACGACAUAAAAUUAAAAUGGAGGCAAAUCCCAACUUAAGGGAAACGUUUUUGAAGAAAUCACAUACAAUGGUAUGGGAACAGCAAACAAUACGAAGAAUUCUUGAGGAUUACAAAAGAAAACUGAAUGUUAUGGUAUUUGAUGAUGCUUCAAAGAAGUAUGAUAAGAAACAACGUCAAGUAUCUGCAAGAAAUGAUAAGCUCUUUGAACUAUUUGAAAGUAACGAUUUGGGGCCGGAAAAAGCUAUCCCUAAGGAUGACAAUGCCAAUCUUGAAAAAAAGGCAGAAGAAACGGAGUCCGCAGAUGAAUUUGAAGAUAGCAAAUCAAGCGAAGACCAGGAAACCGGGAAACUAAAAUUUGUAGAUAAAACUGAGGAUGUCAAAGACACACAGAAGAAUCAUGUGAAAAAGCGUAAGACAUCAGAGGAUAUCAGUGGAAUUGCCACAGAGGUUACAGAAGAUAUCGCACCCCGCCAAAUUGCCAUCAACACUCCCGCCGAGGCAUUAAUACACUUAGCAGCUCUUCAAGAAUAUGCAAUGAUGAAUGAUAAUUUUCGAGCCUCGGGACUUUUAAUACAGGUGGAAAAGGCAUUUCAGAAUCCACCAAAUAGCAACGAUUUCGAACUGUAGCAAACUAGGUCGAUUAGGUAUAAAGAAUUUUAACUCGUAGCAACAAAACACUUAUAAAAUAAGUUAAUUAUACACUGAAAAUAUGUAUUUAAGCAAUAAAAACGAGAAAUACAAGCUG